AUGGUUACUAUUAUUGCCUUGAUCUUUUUCAUCUUGACGAUACGUACUCAUGGUUCUGUAGCCGUCGAGCAACACUUACCUAUAUCAUCUGAACAAGACUAUAUUGUAACUAGUGUACCAAUGCAAUCAGUUACAUUACCGUGUAAAGCUCUUUCAUCUAAUGUAGAAUUUGAAAGAGUUAUGUGGUAUAGAUUAAAAAAUCCGGGUCAAUCAAUACUCAAUGUUGGCCAACAUUUAAUAACAAAAGAUUCUCGUUUUAGUGUAGCAUACUAUAGUGUUGAUCAUGGACUCUCACCUGCUAAAUGGGAUUUACAUAUUACUAAUGUACGAUUGUCAGAUGCAGCUCAUUAUCAAUGUCAUGUUGCAGCAAAAGACAAUCGUAAAUCGGUUCGAUCAAAUGUGAAACUCAUUGUAGAAGAUAUUACUGUUGAUAUUGAACCAAUUGUUGCUCUUGUUUUUAAUGGUGAUAAAACAAAAUUUGCAUGCAAUUUUACUGGCAAACAUCGAGUACCAAGUGAAAAAGUAACUUGGCUGAAAGAUAAUAAAGCAUUGGUACCUGAUGCAACUCAUGUAAUAACAUCCAUUGAAUUAUCUAAUGUAACAGUAACUACUCUGGAAAUAAUUGCUUCUCAUUACAAUGAUAGCGGUUCAUAUCGUUGUUCAGAUGGUCAUGAUGCACAAAGUAAAGAAGCUAAAUUAUAUUUACGAGACACUAAUCAACAAUUCUUUCUUCGCUCAUUAUCAUCAUCACAUUCUAAAUCAUUAUUAUUAUCACUUCGAACAGUGUUUUAUUUAUUGAUUUUUCAGUUUUUUCUUUUUAUUCUAUAA